AUGAACAAACUGUAUAUCGGAAAUCUCAGCGAGAACGCCGUGCCCUCGGACCUGGAAAGUAUCUUCAAGGACGCCAAGAUCCCGGUGUCUGGACCCUUCCUGGUGAAGACGGGCUACGCGUUCGUGGACUGUCCGGACGAGGGCUGGGCCCUCAAGGCCAUCGAGGCGCUUUCAGGUAAAGUAGAACUGCACGGGAAACUCAUAGAAGUUGAGCACUCAGUCCCCAAAAGGCAAAGGAUUCGGAAACUUCAGAUACGAAAUAUCCCGCCUCACUUACAGUGGGAGGUGCUGGAUAGUUUACUAGUCCAGUAUGGAGUGGUGGAAAGCUGUGAGCAAGUGAACACUGACUCGGAAACUGCAGUCGUAAAUGUAACCUAUUCCAGUAAGGACCAAGCUAGACAAGCUUUAGACAAACUGAAUGGGUUCCAGUUGGAGAGUUUCACGCUGAAAGUGGCCUACAUCCCUGACGAAAUGGCUGCCCAGCAGAACCCCGCACAGCAGCCCCGUGGUCGCCGUGGCUUUGGGCAAAGAGGCUCCUCAAGACAGGGGUCUCCGGGAUCGGUGUCCAAGCAGAAGCCAUGUGACUUGCCUCUACGCCUGCUGGUUCCCACCCAGUUCGUUGGAGCCAUUAUAGGAAAAGAAGGGGCCACCAUUCGGAACAUCACCAAGCAGACCCAGUCUAAAAUCGAUGUCCAUCGUAAAGAGAAUGCAGGUGCUGCUGAGAAGUCCAUUACUAUCCUUUCCACCCCUGAAGGCACCUCUGCGGCUUGUAAAUCUAUUCUGGAGAUUAUGCAUAAGGAAGCUCAAGAUAUAAAAUUCACAGAAGAGAUUCCCUUGAAGAUUUUAGCCCAUAACAACUUUGUAGGCCGUCUUAUUGGUAAGGAAGGAAGAAAUCUUAAAAAAAUUGAGCAAGACACAGACACUAAAAUCACAAUAUCUCCACUGCAGGAACUGACGCUGUAUAACCCCGAGCGCACGAUCACAGUGAAGGGCAACGUGGAGACCUGUGCCAAAGCCGAGGAGGAGAUAAUGAAGAAAAUCAGGGAGUCUUAUGAAAAUGACAUUGCUUCUAUGAAUCUUCAAGCACACUUAAUCCCGGGAUUAAAUCUGAACGCCUUGGGGCUGUUCCCGCCCACGGCAGGGCUGCCGCCCCCAGCCUCAGGGCCUCCUUCCGCCAUGGCGCCUCCUUACCCACAGUUUGAGCAAUCAGAAACGGAGACGGUCCAUCUGUUUAUCCCAGCCUUAUCUGUCGGUGCCAUUAUCGGCAAGCAGGGGCAGCACAUCAAACAGCUUUCUCGCUUUGCGGGAGCAUCUAUUAAGAUCGCUCCAGCCGAAGCGCCAGAUGCUAAAGUGAGGAUGGUGAUUAUCACCGGGCCCCCAGAGGCCCAGUUCAAGGCUCAGGGAAGAAUUUAUGGAAAAAUUAAAGAAGAAAACUUUGUUAGUCCUAAAGAAGAGGUGAAACUUGAAGCUCAUAUCAGAGUGCCAUCCUUUGCUGCUGGCAGAGUUAUUGGAAAAGGAGGCAAAACGGUGAAUGAGCUCCAGAAUUUGUCUAGUGCAGAAGUUGUUGUCCCUCGUGACCAGACGCCUGAUGAGAAUGAUCAAGUGGUGGUCAAAAUAACUGGUCACUUCUAUGCUUGCCAGGUUGCCCAGAGAAAAAUUCAGGAAAUUCUGACUCAGGUAAAGCAGCAUCAACAGCAGAAAGCUCUGCAAAGUGGACCACCUCAGUCAAGACGGAAGUAAAGGCUCAGGAAACAGCCCACCACAGAGGCAGACGCCAAACCAAAGACAGAUUGCUUAGCCAACAGACGGGCGGCUGACCCCUUACCCAGAACCACACGCACACGUUUUUACCUAGCCACUUGUUUUUCAGGACCAGGCAACUUUCGAACUCCUGUCUCUGUGAGAAUGUAUACUUUAUGCUCUCUGAAAUGUAUGACACCCAGCUUUAAAAAGAAAAAAAAAAAAAAAAAUAAAGGGGGGGAGGGAGGAAAUGAGAGGAGCUCUGCACUUCCCUUUUGUUGU